GCUCCGUCCCGGCGGCAGCCCCCCGCGCCCCCCUCCGCCUCUGAUAAGCUGUUUCUGAGGACUGAAGGACCUGCUAAAGGCAACACCUGCUUUUGAGGUUGCAAAGGUGCUAAAGCAUGGCUGACUUGGAUCACAACCUCAGUCUUGCGGACGCUCUGACAGAGCCGCCUCCCGAGAUUGAGGAAGAAGUGAAAAGGGACUUCAUUGCCACUCUGGAAGCAGAGAAAUUUGAUGAUGUGGUUGGAGAAACAGUAGAUAAAACAGACUAUGUUCCUCUGCUGGAUGAUGAUGAUGAUGCAAAAGCUGGGAGCCAGGAACCAAAAAGCAAACCCCAUGCAGACGGUAUUCAGGUGGAACAUACUUCGGCUUCUGGGCCAACAGUUGUAGAAAAUGGUGACCAUGGAAUAGAAGAUCACCGCACAGUAUUCCCAGGAGAAAUCAUGGAUGAAAAGCUGUCUUACAAAGAAUUUCUUGAUCGCAAUGACUCCUGGACGAUGGACGACAGAGACCUGUGCUUUGAGUCCCAGCCCGUAUUCAAACCCAUGGAGAUGGCUGACCCCUUCAGCAUGCACAGAGGGGAGAAUCUGCCUGAUCUAUCGUUUCCUACUGACAUGAAGAAUAUGCCGCUGUUCAUGGACCAUGUUGAUGCUUCCGGAGACGUCCAUGCACCACAUGGAUCUAUGGUGGUACCUGAACAACCUUUCUUGGGGCCCCUGUAUUCUCCUGCAGAGGCUCUAGACCCAUCAGCCUUCAUUGGCCUGGAUUCAACUGCAGACUUUCUGCAAGACAAAGCAGUGCCUGAAGAACAUUGGAUGGGAGCUCAGCAUGACAUGACGGGACCAGAUGCCUCUUUCUUUGUUGAGCCGCCAGUGCCCCCCACAGUGACUGAAGCGAUAAAGCCGAAUUUGCCGGAAAGCCCUGGAGCAGUGGCUCCUGGUUUCGUUCCUACUGCAGUAACGGCAUCCCCAGGAGAGGCUGAGGCUACUGACGGACCAAAAGGUGCGGCAUCAGCAGAUGCAGCGGGUGUUCCUGCCUCGGACAUCAUGUCCGUUUCUGCAGAUAAAGCCGGGUCCAUUCUUGCAGGAGACACCAAGCCUCCUCAAGCUCUGGAUGCUGGAUUUGCACCGGCAGCAGAAGCCAGCCCUCUUCAGGCUAUGGAUGUUGGGUUUGCUCCUGCACCCGAAGCCAAGCCUCCUAAUGCUGUCAAUGCUGCAUCCGCCCCAGGGGCAGAUACUGGCUUCACCCCAGCUGCAGAUACUCUGUCCUAUUACGCUACGGAUUUGGAGUUUGCGCCAGCAGAAGAUGCGGGGUUUGCCCCAGCCGCAGGUGUGGAAUCUCACCAUGCUGUGGAUUUGGCAUUUGCCCCAGCAGCAGGUGCGGAAUCUCACCGUGCUGUGGAUUUGACGUUUGCCCCAGCAGCAGAUGCGGAAUCUCACCGUGCUGUGGAUUCUGAGUUUGCCCCAGCAGCAGAUACUAAAUAUCAUCACGCUAUGGAUUCUGAGUUUGCCCCAGCAGCAGAUACUACAUCUCAUCACGGUAUGGAUUCUGAGUUUGCCCCAGCAGCAGAUGCAGAGUUUGCCCCUGCAGCAGAAGUCAACCAUCAUCAUGCCAUGGAUUCUGGGUUUGCUCCUGUAGGAGAAGCCAAGCCUCUUCCUGCCAUGGAUUCUGGGUUCACUCCUGUAGCAGAAGCCAAGCCUCUUCCUGCCAUGGAUUCUGGGUUCGCUCCUGUAGCAGAAGCCAAGCCUCUUCCUGCCAUGGACUCUGGGUUUGCCCCUGCAGAAGCUAAGUGUGUCUCUGCGGCUGACACCAAGGUUGCUGCAUCUGAGGAGCUGAUGACAUCUGAGUCUUCUCUUGAGCAAGACAAGCCGCCCUUCGACAAACCUCCCGCAGAAGCAGCUACAAAUGUAGAACAAGAACCGAAAGUCCCAGAAGCUUGUGUUGAUCUCUUUGAGAAAGCUAAAGACAGCAGACCACCUCCCAGCCAGCAUGAAGAGCGUCUUCCAGAACAGACGAACCAUCUUUCAGAACCAGCAGUUCCAGUAGAAGCAAAAGAAGAUGUUGCACUAGAAAAUAAAGACCUCUCUCCAGAAAAAUCUGUCACUACUGUGGAUGUUACUGCUACAGAGAAACAAAAGGAGGAGGCUGAACACAACCAUGUCCAACAUGCAGAACCUCAGCAAGAAAAAACCCUGCAAGAGCCCACAGCAAAAGCAGAAGAGACCAAACCAGCUGAAGCUGUGACAGGGAACGAUAUCACAGCACCUCCCAACAAAGAGCUUCCUCCCAGCCCUGAGAAGAAGACAAAGCCUGCCGCAUCCACGUCAUCUACAAAGCCUGCAGCAACGAAAGCCAGGCCCCUGUCCGCUACCAGCCCCAAGCGGCCAGCCUCUGCUGCGCCGGGCCCAAACAAAAAACCCACGAGCCCUACUGCAGGUCCUACUUCAGCCACUACUACUAAACGCCCAGCCACCAGUACUACACGUCCCUCCACCUUAACUCCAAAAGAGACUAAACCAAAGGUUGCAGAUGCGAAGACCACGGAGAAGCGGACCUCACUUUCAAAGCCUCCAUCAUCUGCCACUCCUAAAACUACCGUCAGGAGCACCCCUGCUACUCCUAGGACAACGGCGGCAUCGCCGGUCACUGCGGUUGCUGGUGCGAAAAAUACUGCUACUUCCCCACCGAAGAGGCCCACGUCUAUCAAGACUGAUGCAAAGCCUGCAGAUGCCAAGAAGACCUCUGCAAAGUCACCAUCAGCAGACUUGAGCCGCCCUAAGAGUGCUACUGGAAAUGCAGUAAAAAGUAGUGCCAGCACUCCUUCUACCACCGCCUCCAGCGCACCUACUUUACCUGGUGUAGCCACCAACCGUCCCAAAACCAAGCCUGCUGCAACCAAACCCACUGCAACCUCAACCGCAACAGCAGAUGCUAAAAAAACAACUGCUAAGGCUCCGACUAAACCCAGCACUGUUUCCAAGCCACCUCGCCCAAGCAGCAGCGUUUCUGCUCCAGAUCUGAAAAAUGUACGUUCCAAAAUCGGAUCAACGGAUAACAUUAAACAUCAGCCUGGUGGAGGAAAGGGGAAAAUAGAGAAAAAGCCAGAAUCAGCCGCUGCUGCACGAAAGUCUGAACCCAAUGCGGUCUCUAAAAUGGCUACUACUAAAACAACCGUAUCAAAAGAGAGUGCCCCAAAACAGCCCAAUGGGAAAGUCCAGAUAGUCUCCAAAAAAGCGAACUACAGCCAUGUUCAGUCCAAGUGUGGUUCCAAGGACAAUAUUAAGCAUGUCCCUGGAGGUGGGAAUGUGCAGAUCCAGAACAAGAAAGUUGACCUUUCCAAAGUGUCCUCGAAGUGUGGCUCUAAAGCAAAUAUCAAGCAUAAGCCAGGGGGAGGAGAUGUCAAAAUCGAGAACCAGAAGCUGAACUUCAAGGAGAAGGCCCAAGCCAAAGUGGGUUCUCUGGACAACGUGGGACACUUGCCGGCAGGAGGAACCGUGAAGGCUGAGGGGAGCGCGGAGCCAGGGCAGCUCCCGCCAGCCCCUCAGAACGGAGAGGUGACAGCGGCCCAGGCAGGCAGUGAGAUGCGGGAGAAUGGCGUAGGGCCGGCAGUGCCCACUGCCCUGAGCGGUGGUGACCAAAGGGAAAUUCAGAGCUUCGAGACUCAGAUACAAGAAACAAAUUGAAUCUCACAAGCUGACGUUCCGUGAGAAGGCCAAGGCUCGAACAGACCACGGAGCGGAAAUCGUCGUCUCCAAACCCCCCAACCUUUCCAGCAGCACUUCCCCCUGGCGUAGCACAUCCGUCAGCGAGAGCCUGGGCUCAGUCGCCUCCUUGUCACCGCUGCAACAGCCAGCUCCCCUUGCAGCGCUUUCUCAGCAAGGCUUGUGACCCCCCCCAGCCCCAUCUCCCACGUGCUCCCCCGAGUAACGCAGCUUGGCUCUCUUAACCCGGCCUCUGGCUUUAGAUGGGAAGGGGACAGUGUUUAGCAGGGCUACCGUCCCUUUUCGGCCGCGCUGACUCCUCGAAGCAUCCUGGAGGCUCGCCCCUGCCCGAGCGUGCCGGGCUCUGGUGGUCCCUUCUUGGCUGGAAAGGGCUUCCUUCCCUCUCCGCGCCCGGUCCCUCUCGCUUUUCGGGGGAUACUAGAGCGAGCGUUAGUGUCGUGUCUCGGGGACGGGCAUCUAGUGACUUCCAGGCUGUGUCUCGCCGCCCCGAGCCGCGGGGAGAGGCGCAGCGAGCCUGGGCGGCGGGUGGCUGGGUGGGAGCACGCCUGCGCUGCUGGUGGCUGAAGCCAGGCCAGAGUUAAUAGGGAUAAGCUGUGAUCUUUCUUUCUUUGGUUUUUUAAAAGAACCCAACCUUUUCCUCCUUGCCGCUUCAGUUUCUGCUGAUCCUGUUUGAUGACGAUAUAUAUUAUACACACACGUUAGGCUGUUUUAACUGUUGACUUUAACCUUUUAUUCUUUGUGACGAUGUGUUGAUGAUUUAUCGUGCUACAAACCCCUGCUAAGUUUCCUUUUCUCCUUCCUUCUUUUCCUAACCGUAGGAGAGUAGAGACAUUAACCGCUGCUGCAGUGCUGGCUUCUUAUUGACAUAUCCAGCAAUUGUAACUUUUUUGUUGUUGUUUGGUUGUUUGUUUUUUUUUUUUUUAAUAUUUUAAAACGAUGGAGCAAAUUCAUGGGAUUAAGCCAUGUCUGAGAUGAAAGGCACAAGAAUGUGUUAAAGGAAAAUUUGCUGUAACAGAUCAGAUGAAGCCUGUGUUGACUGCAACGAGACGCGUUGAAUCGAUGCUCGUAAAACCUCCUGUAGGGCCAAACCGCCAGCCCGGGAGGAUGCCUAGGACCUUCUGCGCAUUAGCAAGGCAAAGACGGUUUAUUUAUUCGCUUGCGCGGCCAAAGCCCCGGGAUUUACCUUUUUCCGGCCGGGGCCUGCGGUCUGGAGGAAGGGCAGGCGGCUGCUUUCGCGGUGGAGUUGCAGGUUAACGCAGGCCGUGAGUUCCGAGGCAAAAGCAGGUCUGUGGUGUGCGUGUGUGGUGGUUUAAGAGGCGGAUGGAUGGGCAACCGUAUGGUCAGGCUGAGCGAGUCUGCCGGGAGGCCGAGGCUGGGAAGAAGGGAGAGGCCACCUCUCACCCCGGGCGCGAUGAGGCGGGGGGAGCGGAACGUGUUGGGGGGAGCAGAGCCCUGGGCUGGGGCGGCGGAGGCAGGUUUCCAGUGCCAGGGAAUUGCAGCUCUGACUAGGAAGGAGAUUUACCUGCUCUUGGAGGUGUGAGCUCCUCGUUUCAUGUUGCAAAUGACACUAAAGAAACGAAAUGUAAAUAAAUUUAAAAAAAAAGUGUUCUUGGGUCGUCAAACUAAUUUAAAGGAGAAAAAAAAAAAAGGCGGAAUAACAAAACACUGGGAUCAAAGUGAACUGAACCAGGCGAGUGCUAAGGGGGGCUGUUCAAGGAGGGGACAGAGGGAAGCCUGCAGCUUCUCAUGCUUGUGGGAAUAUUUCUUUGGGAAGCCGACAAUGACACGAUAACCCGGAAUCUGUAUUUACACACAAAGAUUCUUAUUGCACUUGUAUUUUUUAUAUUAAAGUUUGCAUGAUUUCUAAUAAAAUGGCAUUAAAAUGUACUAGUUUGCAUCAAAGUCGUCUGCUAGUUUCAUAAGUGCUUUUUCCUCUGAAUACAAAUUUAAAUAAGCAAUGCAGAUUUGCACCUGAAAGGGGCGGUUAUAUAUACCCCAGAAAACUCCCAGUGCUUCCCUUCCUCCUCCUCCUCCUCCUCCUCCUCCUCCUCCUCCUCCUCCUCCUCCUCCUCCUCUUCCUCUUCCUCCCCAGCUCUCCCCUCCCCUCCAUGCCACAUCCCUCAUCCCCAACCAGGGAACGCGCCCGCGCUGCUCGCUCCCUGCCCUCGUCUUGUGUGUGCCGUGUGGCCUCGCCGAGGCCAGCGCUAACCCCCCGGCCCCUCUCGCUCUCCCGCCGUGGGGCUGGCUCUGCGGAGGGAAAAGCCGGAGCUGGGGAAGGGGCUGAAGCCGCCUUCCCACCCCGCGCGGGGCAGGCGGCUGCGUCCAGCUCCGGGCUGGGGUUGGAAACCUCAUUUCUCAAGAGAGCAGAGCAGUGUCACGAUGCUUUGAGACCCUCCAGCCAGUCCCGGGGCCUAGGACGGUGUUGCCUCCGACUGCCCGUUCACCUGCAUGCCGCUCCCCCGGUAUAUAUCACUGCCCUUUCGCUGAUGCUUCCUUCUUUCUCUUACUGCUAAAUUCUAAACACCAGCUUGAUCUUGUCAGUCUUGGGUUGGUUUUGGUUUUUUUUUCCCCCAACACUUGAAUUGAGGGGAAAUUUGGAGGCGAGGGACUGAGAGACGAGCAGGCUGAUCCCCUCAGGAAGGCAGGGGCUGUGCGUCCCCAAGCAAUAACGUCCAUCUGCUCCGGGCAGGGCUGUGCCGGCCGCUGCGGAGGGCAGGCAGGCGCUCUCGAGAGGGUCCUGUGCCCGCACGGGGUGCGCGGAGCCCUGUUUCCCCGCCUGCCAAAGGCAAGUGCCGGCUGGCAGCACGCCGAAGCCGACCUCCGUGCUCCCCGGCCGGGCAGAGGAGGUGGGAAGUUUUAUGCUGGUGGGCAGCGGCCAGGAGUGAGCCGCGGGCUUGAGUUGGGGACGGCAAAGUCCGGUGGUGUUCGUGGUUAACCAAAGAGGAGGUGGAAGCUGAAAUGUCGCGUUCCUCUUGCUGCUCUGCCUGGGGCACCCAUGGGGUGAGAUGCCCUGGGCGGAGGGAGGCAGCCGGGUCCUGGUCUUAGUUCAGGUGCCGCAGGAGGAAGGCAAGUGGCAACAUUGCACUUUAUCUUCUGAGAUUGCAAAAAAAAAAAAAAAUUAAAAAGCAAUCAAACCCCUAACGCCCUGCGAAGGGGCAGUAACGCCACCCUCUCCCCCUGCAUUGCUUUUAUCUGAUUUACUGACCGCUCGGCAGCCUUGGAUAAGGCUUCCAUGUCCGCAUACGGUUGCUGCGGCAUUCAGGCCUGUCUCGGACCGUGCACAAACCUUCCCAGCCUCUCGCACGGUUCAGCUGAACACUAACCGACCGCCCUGUGCUUCUGUGCCACUUUCUCUAACACUUGUUGUGCCUGUGUUUAGCUGACAAACUAAAUCCAGAUACACUAGUUUAGUUUGGUGUGGUUUUUCUAGGACAGCUUCAGUUUUAAUAUGGAUUUAUUUUAAUUUUUUUUUUUUUAGUUUUAUUUUAAGGAAACAGCUGUACAUAUUGCUAGCCUGGGAAGAGAUCCAUGUGUGGUGAAAAAUGACUUUAGUUUCCUGUCUGGAGAGAUGGGAGUGAGCUGGUUAGUGCUGAGACCUUAAAUGAAGACUGCAGAGAAGCUGCUGGCUGGCCGAGCGCUCGCCCAGCCGGGCAGAGCAGGGGAAGGAGCUGUGUUUGCGGAUGGCGUGCUCCAAGGCUAGAGGUAGCACAUUCUCUUGGGGAGGGGGGGAAGAAACAGCGUUGUGGUCUGAAUUAGAUGCACCUUGAAUGUACACGGUCCUGUCCUGAGAUGCCUCGUGGGGGUCCUGGCUCGCUCUGAAGCUGCGCGUGGCGUGA